AUGUCUUAUCAAUCUCACCACAGUUCUGGGCACAAAAAUUUCAGCUCAUCUUCAGCUUGUUUACCUUCUUUGAGCAAACACAGUGUUAGCUCCUUCACUUCAAAGAAAGUUUCCAUUGGGCACAAAAUGCUCCCAAGCUUUGGUAGCAGGAGUGUCUAUAGCCUUGGAUCAGGUGGACAUAAGAUGUCAGUUGGUAGCUGCUAUCCUUCAAAGAUUGGACAUGGGCAUGGAGGAUCUGGUAUUGGACAUAGUUUUGGUGGUGGUAGCUUUGGAUAUGGAGGACCACAUUGUUCUACUGGUAUCACAUCUGUUACAGUGAACCAAAGCCUCUUGGCACCACUCAACCUGGAGCUUGACCCAAACAUCCAGAGAGUGAGGACAGAUGAGAAGGACCAAAUCAAGGGUCUCAAUAACAAGUUUGCCACCUUCAUAGACAAGGUAAGAUUUUUAGAGCAACAAAACAAGAUGCUAGAGACCAAAUGGGCUUUGCUGCAAGAACAAAAAACUGCUAAAAGUCAGAUUGAACCUCUCUUUGAAUCAUAUAUUAGCAAUCUCAGAAGGCAGCUUGAGAAUCUUGGAUGUGAGAGAGCUCGUCUUGAAUCAGAAAGGAGAAAUAUGGAGGAAGCCGUAGAAGAAUUUAAGAGAAAAUAUGAAGAGGAAGUGAACCGCCGCACCACUGCAGAAAAUGAAUUUGUUGGACUUAAGAGGGAUGUUGAUGCUGCUUUUAUGAACAAAGCUGAACUGCAAGCAAAGGUGGACUCCUUGACUGAUGAAAUCAACUUCCUGAGAGCUCUGUUUGAUGCGGAAAUUGCUCAGCUCCAGGCACAGAUCUCAGACACAUCAGUGGUGGUUUCCAUGGAUAACAGCAGAGACCUGGACCUGGAUGGUAUUAUUGCUGAGGUCAAAGCUCAAUAUGAGGAGAUCGCUAACAAGAGCAGAGCUGAGGCUGAGUCCUUAUAUCAAUCAAGGUACGAAGAGCUAUGUAUGACUGCAGGAAGACACGGUGAUGAUUUGCGCAACACUAAACAUGAGAUUGCUGAGCUCAACAGAAUGAUUCAGAGACUCAAGGCAGAAAUAGAGGGUGUGAAAGAUCAGCGUGCUAAAUUGGAAGCUGCAAUAAAUGAGGCUGAAGAACGUGGUGAGAUGGCUGUAAAAGAUGCCAAGAAUAAAUUGUCUGAGUUGGAAGACGCUCUUCAGAAGGCCAAGCAGGACAUGGCUCGCCAGCUACGUGAGUACCAGGAGCUGAUGAAUGUGAAGCUGGCGCUGGAUAUUGAGAUCGCCACCUACAGGAAACUACUGGAAGGCGAAGAAUGCAGACUGUCUGGAGAUGGCGGUCCUGUUAGCAUCUGUAAGUAA